GGCAAGAGAGCUGCCAAUAUAUGAUCUAUUAGAGUAUAUGAGGACGCUUCUUGAACGUUGGACGAAAGAGAAGUUAUUGAAGGCAAAGGGUACUUUCACAUACCUUGGGUACAAAUUCAAUAAAGAAUUGGAUGACAACAAUACAUUAUCUCAGAAACUAAGGGUGAGGGCUUCAACAGAUCAUAUACAUACUGUGUUAGAUGGUGUGAAGCGGUACAUUGUGUGUCUAGAAAACAAGAAAUGUAGCUGCGGACAAUUCCAACUUGAUGAACUUCCAUGUGCGCAUGCUUUGGCAGCAUUAAGGCACAGGAAGGAAACAUACGAAGACUUUGCUCUCCGUAUUACACAAGGAAGAGCCUUCUGCUUACCUAUGAAAUGCCAGUAAAUCCUCUUCCUGAUGAAAGCAAAUGGGAUGUGCCACAACAUAUUUUGGAUGAGGUAGUAAAGCCACCGGCGGGAGAUAAAAGGCAGCCAGGGAGACCUCACAAGGAAAGAUAUAAAACAUUUGAUGAAAUAAAGUCAAAGUAGUACAAGGUGUCAUGUGGAAAUUGUGGAGGUGAAGGGCAUAACAAAAGAACUUGCAAGAAUGCGCCCAAAAAGAAAUGAAUAUCAUGUAUUUAGAAUAGUUAUUCAAAAUA